AUGUAUUCCUCACUGCGUCCUGUCGUCCUUGCCUUCAUCGCCUCGACGAGGCAGCUCAUCAACAACUCCUUCACCCAGUACGAGCCCAUCGGUGGGAAGAACGGAACGAUGAUGCGGCGUACGGCCAACAAGCGGGUCAUCACCAUCUCGGCCGUCGCUGCCGGCCUGCUCUGCUUCCUCAUCUUCCACAAGUUCUUCGGCGGCGGCGGCGGCCUCUUCACGAGCCUGCCCGGCGGCAUCUUCGGCGCCGCCAGCGCCGACCUCGCGGCGAGGAUAAGCCUCGCCGAGCGGCUCUGGUACCAGUCUCGGCAGGAUCGCCUCCACAUGGUCUCGGCCAUGGGCACCCGCAAGUUCCCCGACGCCUACAUCUACCCCUACCACGUCUGGGACUACGCCCGCCCGAGCUGGACCUGCCCCUGGGAGCUCGAGCGCGUCGGCUCCCUCGGCGACGGCGGCAAGGUCGUCUGCGGCAUGUCUCGCUACGAGAAGCGAAGCCCCGGCCCGUCGUCGAGCUCCAACCCGGCCAAGGAGCUCAUCGUCUACUCCUUCGGCGUCAGCACCGACUCCUCUUUCGAGGCGGCCCUCCUCGACCGCCUCAACGCCCGCAUCUGGGGCUACGACUUCAGCGUCAACGGCUGGGGCGCCCAGAUCCACGGCCCCCAGUACUCGCGCGCCAUCUUCCACAAGACGGGCAUCUCCAACGUCACCAACAAGGCUGGCGACCCGCCCAUGACCAAGAUCAGCGACCUCAUGAAGGAGAACGGGCACACGUACAUCGACAUCGUCAAGAUGGACAUUGAAGGCGCCGAGUUCGACUCGAUGACGGCCUGGAUCAACGACGUCAAGGCCGAGUUCGGCGAAGGCAACAACGCUACCCUCCCCUUCGGCCAGCUCCUCAUCGAGCUCCACUUCAUGCCGUCGCCUCCCAAGCUCCACAUCCCCGACAACAUGACCCAGUGGGUCAACUGGUGGCAGUCGCUCGAGGACAUGGGCCUGCGCCCCGCCAACAACGAGGCCAACUGGAUCGGCAACAACGUCUACGGCAAGCCGCGCUUCAUGGAGUACACGCUCAUCAACGGCCUCGACCACAAGAGGAAUCUGCUGCUGUGGGACUAA